AUGUAGCCAAGGUUCUAUCCUUAUAAAAGCUAGUCUUGAUCCAGAUGCUUAUUUUCUAUGUACAGAUUACCGAUUAUACGAAACAAGAACUAAAUAUGAACAAGUUCUAAAUGAGUGUGGUUAAGCUUGGGAGGAAAGACAUUUCAUGCCAAAAGGAUUUCGUGCCUUUGGAAAAAAGUUGAGAGAGCUGCAGCUGAGGGCAGCCUGUGUAGAAGAGCUCCGGAGUAGAGAUGUCCAUCUCAACUCAGCUGGGCUUGCUGUUGUGGAAGAACUUUACUUAUAGAAAAAGGCAAACGCUCCAACUGCUGAUUGAGAUAAUCUGGCCCCUGUUGAUCUUCUUCAUUUUGAUAUCAGUGAGAGUGAGCUACCCACCAUACGAGCAGCAUGAAUGUCACUUCCCCAACAAGGCCAUGCCCUCUGCGGGUACCCUGCCCUGGAUCCAAGGCAUCAUCUGCAACGCCAACAACCCCUGCUUCCGCCACCCCACACCCGCAGAGUCCCCUGGGGUAGUGGGCAACUUCAACGGAUCCAUAAUCUCUCGUCUGUUCUCCGAUGUCAAGAAGAUCCUGCUGUACAGUCAGAAUGACCAUAACCUCGAUGGCUUCAAAGACCUUUUUCAGGCCCUGAAGACACUACAGGCAAACACGGAAGGAUUCAAGCUGAAGGAUUUCCUCCACGACAAUGAGACCUUGUCCACUUUCCUUCUACAAAACGCCUCCUUCUCCGAACACGCUCUGCAUGAGGUCACGGAGGCCAAUGUGAACUUGGAAAUGGUGCUGGUCAGAGGCUUCGGCGUGCACCUGAGGGACAUGUGCGGUAGUCGCAAUGACGUCACUCUGGAGGACUUUGUGACCAUCGCAGACAGCAAGGUGUCCGGUCUCGUCCGGGAGAUCAUCUGCAGGUCUCCGGGCUCCUGGCUUGAUCAGGCCGAGGUUCACUUCCUCAACAACCUGGACUUCCUCAAACCGUUGCGGAAAGAUGUGAGGGCUGACCCUGAAGCUGUUCAGCAGGUUGCCAAGGCCACAGACAACCUCCUUCAGAGCCUCAGCUCUCUGGCCAUUGAGCUAGCCAACAUGAAGAGCUGGAGCGACCUGCGCAACGAGAUCAUCUUCCUCACUCAGAACGCCACGUCCUCCCCGAGCCACAUGUACCAGGCGGUGUCACGCAUCGUCUGUGGUCACCCAGAGGGUGGUGGUCUGAAGAUCAAGUCCCUCAACUGGUACGAGGACAGCAACUACAAAGCCCUGUUCGGCAACCACAACGCCACCGAGGACGAGGCCAUCUCUGCCUACGACAACACAUCCACUCCGUACUGCAACGCCAUGAUGAGGAACAUGGAGUCCAGCCCCAUGUCCAAGAUGAUCUGGCAGGCCCUCAAGCCUCUGCUCAUGGGCAAGAUUCUGUACACCCCACACACACCGGCCACUCUGAAGAUCAUCCAGGAGGUGAACAGAACUUUCCAGGAGCUGGGCGUCCUCCGUGACUUGGGUGGCAUGUGGGAGGAGGUCCGACCCAAGGUCUGGACCUUCAUGGAGAGCAGUGAACAGAUGGACCUGGUCAGGACCCUGCUGAAGAACAAUGCCUCCGCCAGCUUCUUCUCCGACCAGCUAGCCGGCACAGAGUGGACCGUAGAGGACGUCUCCCACUUCCUUACAAAGCAUUCGGAGGACACGCGUCCUCAUGGGACCGCCUUCACCUGGCGGGAAGUCUUCAACGAGACCGACCAGGCCAUUAUGAGCAUAUCCAGCUUCAUGGAGUGUGUGAACCUGGAUAAGAUGGAGCCCGUGGCCAAUGAGGAAAGGAUGGUCAACAAGUCGAUGACGCUCCUGGACGAUAGGAAGUUCUGGGCGGGGAUCGUGUUUCCUGACAUUGAGGCCAACAGCUCUGAACUGCCGCCCAAUGUCAGCUACAAGAUCCGCAUGGACAUCGACAACGUGGAGCGGACCAACAAGAUCAAAGAUGGGUACUGGGACCCGGGUCCUCGCGCUGACCCUUUUGAGGACCUGCGCUACAUCUGGGGUGGCUUCUCCUACCUCCAGGACAUCAUUGAGCACAGCAUCAUCGCCGUGGUGACGGGCACCAGGGAGAAGACCGGCGUGUACUUCCAGCAGAUGCCAUAUCCCUGCUACGUGGACGACAUCUUCCUGCGCGUGAUGAGUCGCUCCAUGCCCCUCUUCAUGACCCUGGCCUGGAUGUACUCCGUGGCUAUUAUCAUCAAGGGCGUGGUCUACGAGAAGGAGGCGCGGCUCAAGGAGACCAUGAGGAUCAUGGGAUUGGACAACGGCAUCCUGUGGUUUAGCUGGUUCAUCAGCAGUCUCAUCCCCCUGCUUGUCUCCGCCGGGCUGCUGGUGGUUCUGCUCAAGAUGGGAAACCUGCUGCCGUACAGCGACCCCAGCAUCGUCUUCCUGUUCCUGGGUUCCUUCGCCGUGGUGACCAUCAUGCAGUGCUUCCUGAUCAGCACCAUGUUUGCCCGGGCCAACCUGGCGGCGGCAUGCGGGGGCAUCAUCUACUUCACCCUCUACCUGCCCUACGUGCUCUGUGUGGCCUGGCAGGACUACGUGGGCUUCGCCGGGAAAAUAGUGGCUAGCCUGCUGUCCCCCGUGGCCUUUGGCUUUGGUUGUGAAUACUUUGCCCUGUUUGAAGAGCAGGGAAUAGGUAUCCAGUGGCACAACUUGUUCAACAGCCCCAUGGAGGAGGAUGACUUCAGUCUGACCACGGCCAUCAUCCUCAUGUACUUUGACUCCUUCCUAUACAUGCUCAUGACUUGGUACAUUGAGUCCGUCUUCCCCGGUCAGUAUGGGAUACCCAGGCCCUGGUACUUCCCCAUCUCUAAGUCCUACUGGUUUGGAGAAGGAGAAAACAGGAAGACUGACUUCAGUCAGAAGAAGAAAACAAACUGUGGAGCUGUCUGCAUAGAGGAUGAGCCAGCCCACCUGAAACCCGGCGUCUUCAUAGAGAACCUCGUCAAGGUGUACCGGCAUGGGAAGAAGCUGGCUGUGGACGGGCUGACUCUGGGCUUCUACGAGGGACAGAUAACCUCUUUCUUGGGCCACAACGGAGCCGGGAAAACCACAACCAUGUCGAUUCUAACGGGACUGUUCCCCCCCACCUCGGGAACAGCUUACAUCAUGGGCAAAGACAUCCGGUCGGAGCUGAGUGCUAUUCGCCAGAGUUUAGGAGUUUGUCCACAGCACAACGUUCUCUUCAGCAUGCUGACUGUCGAGGAGCACAUUUGGUUCUACGCUCGACUGAAGGGUCUGUCUGAGGAGCAGGUGAAGCCUGAGAUUGAACAGAUCCUGAAAGACACCGGCCUUCCACACAAGCGCACUUCCAGGAGCAGCACGCUGUCUGGAGGCAUGCAGAGGAAACUCUCAGUAGCCCUGGCAUUUGUUGGGGGGUCAAAGGUUGUGAUCCUGGACGAACCCACAGCCGGGGUCGACCCUUAUGCCCGCAGGGGGAUCUGGGAUCUCUUGCUCCAGUAUCGUCAAGGUCGUACCAUCAUCCUCUCCACACACCACAUGGACGAGGCGGACAUCUUGGGCGACCGCAUCGCCAUCAUCUCCCACGGCAAGCUGUGCUGCGUCGGCUCCUCCCUGUUCCUGAAGAACCAGCUGGGCACCGGUUACUACUUGACCCUGGUCAAAAAGAACCCGGAGCCUUCCCUCAGCUCCUGCCGCAACUCCUCCAGCACUGUCUCCUUCACCAAGAAGGAAGAGGAAUGCCCCUCUGAGAGCAGCUCUGAUGCGGGACUCGGCAGCGAACACGAGAGUGAAGCCGCCACCAUCGAAACCGCCAAGGCUGCUUCCAUAUGCGAAAGUGCCUCUGUUGCCCCUGAUGCCUCCAUGAUCUCCAGCCUGAUCUUCAAGCACGUCCCAGCCGCCCGCAUGGUGGAGGACCUGGGCCACGAGCUCACCUACGUCCUGCCCUAUGGUGCCGCCAAGGAUGGAGCCUUCGUGGAGCUUUUCAAGGACAUGGAUGACCGUCUGCCUGAUAUGGGCAUUUCCAGUUACGGCGUCUCUGACACCACCCUGGAAGAGAUUUUCCUGAAAGUGGCAGAGGACAACGGAGUUGACACUGAAGUCCUCUCAGACGGUACCCUGCCCAUGCGCCGACGUCGUAGACAUCACGCCUUUGGUGGAGGCAAUGCCUUCGGUGGAGACCACCAGAGUUGCCUUAGACCUCAGAUUGACGACGAACACAAUGAACCCAACGACUCGGACGCCGACCCAGAAUCCAAAGAGACGGACUUCCUCAGCGGGUCAGACGGUAAAGGCUCCUACCAGGUGAAGGGCUGGAGUCUGAAGCGGCAGCAGUUUGUCGCCUUGAUAUGGAAGAGGUUUCUGUACGCUCAACGGUCCAGGAAAGGCUUCUUCGCUCAGAUCGUGCUCCCUGCGGUGUUUGUGUGCAUUGCCCUGGUCUUCAGUCUCAUUGUCCCACCUUUCGGAAAGUACCCCAGUCUAGAGCUUCAGCCGUGGAUGUACGAAGAGCAGUCCCUCUUCAUCAGCGACGAUGCCCCUGAAGAUGCCAGCACACAGCGAUUGUUGAGUGCCCUCAUCGACGGCCCUGGGUUCGGAACACGUUGCAUGGAUGGACACCCUAUACCUGACGCUCCGUGCACUAUGGGUGAGGAAGACUGGUCCGUGCCGGAUAUCCCGGAGAGCCUCCUGGAACUAUUCCGCACCGGAAACUGGACCAUGGAGGAGCCUUCCCCCGCAUGUGCCUGCAGCUGCGACGGACGCAAGAAAAUGCUCCCUGAGUGUCCUGAAGGAGCCGGAGGACUGCCGCCACCCGAGAUAAAAAUCAGCGAGACGGACACCCUUCAAAACCUGACGGGCAGAAACAUCUCCGACUACCUGGUGAAGACCUAUGCACAGAUCAUUGGGAAAAGUUUGAAGAACAAGAUCUGGGUAAAUGAAUUUCGGUACGGAGGCUUCUCAUUGGGCGCCAGGAGCACCCAUGUCCUCCCUCCAGCUGAUGAGAUUGAUGACGCCAUCGCUCGGGUUAGGAAUAUUUUUGAAUUAAAGAAGGGUGGCGCAGCCGACCGGUUCCUGGACAGUCUGUCCAGCUUCAUCAACGGCCUGGACACCAAGAACAACGUCAAGAUCUGGUUCAACAACAAGGGCUGGCACAGCAUGGGGGCCUUCCUCAACGUGAUGAACAACGGCAUCCUGCGCGCCAACCUGCCCCCGGGCCAGGAUCCCAGCAAGCACGGCAUCCGCGCCUUCAAUCACCCCCUGAAUCUCACCAAGGAGCAACUGUCCCAGGUGGCACUGAUGACCACCUCGGUGGACGUGCUGGUGUCCAUCUGCGUGAUCUUUGCCAUGUCCUUCGUCCCGGCCAGCUUCGUGGUCUUCCUCAUCCAGGAGAGAGUGAGCAAGGCCAAGCACAUGCAGUUCAUCAGCGGCGUGCAGCCCCUCCUCUACUGGACAGCCAACUUCAUCUGGGACAUGUGUAAUUACAUUGUUCCGGCAAUGCUCGUCAUCAUCAUCUUCGUCGGCUUCCAACAAAAGGCGUACGUGUCGUCCACCAAUCUGCCCGCGCUGGCGCUGCUUCUGCUUCUCUACGGCUGGUCGAUCACGCCGCUGAUGUACCCGGCGUCGUUCUUCUUCAAGAUCCCCAGCACCGCCUACGUGGUGCUCACCUCUGUCAACAUCCUCAUCGGCAUCAACGGCAGCAUCUCCACCUUUGUCAUGGAGCUCUUCGGGAACAACGAGAUCGGAGGCAUCAAUGACAUUCUGAAGAACGUUCUCCUGAUCUUCCCUCACUUCUGUCUGGGACGAGGCCUCAUCGACAUGGUGAAGAACCAGGCCAUGGCAGAUGCUCUGGAGAGAUUUGGUGAGAACCGCCUACGAUCCCCUCUGGAGUGGGACAUGGUGGGCAAGAACCUGUUUGCCAUGGCUGUGGAAGGAGUGGUCUUCUUCAUCAUUACGGUCCUCAUCCAGUACCGCUUCUGCAUCAAACCCUUGAACAUGCACACCAAGCUUCCUACCGUGGGAGAGGAAGACGAGGAUGUGGCCAGAGAGAGGACGAGGAUUGUCAAUGGACUGGGGCAAGGAGACAUCCUGGAGCUCCGACAGCUCACCAAGGUCUACAAGAGGAAGCAGAAGCCAGCUGUCGACCGGCUCUGUGUGGGCAUACCUCCGGGAGAGUGCUUUGGCCUCCUGGGUGUGAACGGAGCUGGAAAGACCACCACCUUCAAAAUGUUGACAGGAGACUCCCUCGUCACCAGUGGAGAGGCUUUCCUGGCAGGGAAGAGUAUACUGCGGGAGAUUGACGAGGUGCAUCAGAACAUGGGAUACUGCCCCCAGUUUGACGCCAUCAACGACCUGCUGACCGGCAGAGAGCACCUGGAGUUCUACGCCGUCCUGCGCGGCGUGCCGGAGAAGGAGGUGUGCGAGGUUGCCGAGUGGGGCAUCCGCAAGCUGGGCCUGGUGAAGUAUGUGGACAAGGCCGCCGGGAGCUACAGCGGAGGAAACAUGCGCAAGCUCUCCACCGCGAUGGCUCUCAUCGGAGGACCCCCCGUGGUUUUCCUGGACGAGCCCACUACUGGAAUGGACCCCAAAGCCCGGAGGGCCUUGUGGAACUGCAUCCACAGUGUCAUCAAGGAGGGGCGCUCCGUGGUCCUCACCUCUCACAGUAUGGAGGAAUGCGAGGCACUGUGCACCAGAAUGGCCAUCAUGGUGAACGGCCGAUUCCGCUGCUUGGGGAGCGUUCAGCACCUGAAGAACAGGUUCGGAGACGGCUACACCAUCAUACUCCGCGUGGCAGGACCAGACCCUGACCUGCCGCCGGUGAUGAAGUUCAUCGAGAGCGAGCUGCCGGGCAGUACCCUGAAGGAGAAGCACAGGAACAUGCUGCAGUACCAGCUGUCCUCCUCACUCACCUCACUAGCCCACAUCUUCAAAAUCCUGGCCAAGAACAAGGACCUGCUUCAGAUAGAGGACUACUCAGUGUCCCAGACCACUCUCGAUCAGGUAUUUGUGAACUUCGCCAAGGACCAAAGUGAUGAUUACCACUUAAAAGACAAUUCAGUGAAGCGCAAAGACGCGGUGGUGGACAUGACCCCACUCACCUCGCGGCAGGCCGAGGAGCAGCAGGCUGAGGAGAGGCUAAAGGAGAGCUUGGUUUGAGCGGAGGGGGGAGGGGGGGACUCCAUCUUUCUUUCCAAAACUGGAACAUAAACCCGUAAAACGGUGUUAGACUGAGUUGGCAUCCCUGUAUUACUACAGUAGUAUUUGAACACUUGUUUUAAUUCUUCAGACCGAGGCGGUGCCCUCGGACAGGCCUGGCUGGAAAGCGCAAUGCAAGUCAAUGCAAAGAUUCCCAAUCGGCCUGUAGCAAGCCGGGCACGGGGGUGGAGGCGGGGCAAAAGUCGUUAAGGAGAACAAGAGUAUUAAAAACUUGAAUAACUGCCACGAUUUUACACAGAAGAUGUUAGGCCGCGGCAGUAGAUGUUUUUUUUAUGGAAACCGAGAUAUUUUCUACUUCUUACUGGUUUCUACCAGUGAUAGGAAAAGUCAGCGUCGACUGUUUUUAUUUUGUACUCAUAGACCAGAAUUACAUGAUGAAGAAUUCACAAUCAUUUCCAUGGCCUAGGGCCAAACUGCAAAAUCUAAAUUCAUUGAUUUUGUUAAGAUGUUCUUUUUAUUUAUACGUGUAAAUGAAUAUAUGAAUAUACAAACAAGCAAUUGUUUGGCCGAGUCCAUAGUGGCAUUACAUUCUGCGCCAAUGUUCUUCUGGCUCACACCUCGGCCAUUUUGAAACACUCCAAUCACAGAGACUUACUUUCUAAGUGCCCUUCUAUGUGAUACACUAUGCAGAGUCAAAAAUAAAACAUUAAUUGAUUGUUUCAUUUUUUUUUAUAGAAAACACAAAAGAUUUGUUUGGGUGUCAAGUUGUCAUUAUCCCGGUUUGCAAUGAAUACCUCAACACAAGCUGUCAUAGUGCCCAGCCAGUAAUAAACUAUUUGAAGAACACCAGUGUUCUCACAGCCUGACCACUAGCACAGAACAGACAUUUUACCCCAAGUGGGUAAGUGGUGCUUCCAGUAACAAUACAAUAGAUAUUGAAGGGGGAUGGGUUUUAUUUUUUUCUUCGAGGUUGAUAGUGUCAAGUCAGUUUUGAAAACAGUUGGCAUUUCCUGUGCAAUUAAGUACCAUUUGUUGUGAAAUUCACAGUCCUUCAGAUAAAAAAAUACUUUUUUAACAUAAAGCUUGCCUGAAGUUAGGCAGUUCAACAUUCCAUGCACUUUAUUUGUGGUGUUGAUUGGAAUCUUUUAUUUGCACUGGAAUUUCCACAGACUACUAUUAUGUAUGCAAUUGUUUGUUUUGUUUUUGAUCAAAAAGAAAGAAUCCUACCAAGAGAAUGUUGUUUUAUUUAAUAACAAUAUCUUUGUUCACUUAACGUGUUGAGAAACACUGUGGGAAUAUCUGUUACUCGGCCUGUACAAUAUUUCUUUACUCAAUAAAACUGAACAAAUCGCC